AGUUUUCGGAUACACAGUGUUGUAUUCAUCAGGGCUGACAACAUUUCCGCAGUACUGACAACAUUGAAAACAACUUCCUUUUGCCUUUUCCUUUUCUCUUUCAACGUGCACUGUGACAAGUAAAGAUGCCUGCCACGGCCGCAAAGAAAACCGGAGCUAAAAAGCUCCCAGUUGUGCCUGAAUCUAAAUUGAAGUUCAGCAAGAAGCAAUUGAGCAAACGUGCCCUCGAAACCAAGAGGAAGUUGAAACGCGCUGCCGUCAUUGCCUUGCGUAAACGUGAAAACUUGGUACGUGCUGAAAAAUACCAAAGUGAAUACAUUAAGGCUGACAGACGUGAAAUCAAGUUGCGUCGUUUGGCCAAGAGCCGUGGUCAAUUCUAUGUCCCCGCUGAAGCUAAAUUGGCUUUCGUUGUCCGUAUUCGCGGUAUCAACAAAGUUGCCCCUAAGGUCCGUAAGGUCUUGCAACUCUUCCGUUUGCGUCAAAUCAACAAUGGUGUCUUCAUUAAAUUGAACAAGGCUACCAUCAACAUGUUGCGUAUUGCCGAACCCUACAUUACCUGGGGCUACCCCAACUUGAAGUCGGUGCGCGAAUUGAUCUACAAACGUGGUUUCGUCAAGCACAACCGUCAACGUGUCCCAAUCACCGAUAACUUCGUGAUUGAACGUAAGAUGCGUCAAGCUCAUGGCAUUCAAUGCGUCGAAGAUUUGGUACAUGAAAUCUUCACCGUUGGUCCUAAAUUCAAGCACGCUUCCAACUUCUUGUGGCCCUUCAAAUUGAACACCCCCACUGGCGGCUGGCGCAAGAAGGCUAACCACUACGUUGAUGGUGGUGACUUCGGUAACCGUGAAGACAAGAUCAACAAACUGCUUCGCAAAAUGAUCUAAACAUCUGGAUUUGGUUGCUAUUAUUUUGCCUCCAACUAUGAUUUAGUAUGUACAUCAUCAUCUUGUAAAGUUCGUUUGUUUAGUUUUUUCCAAGAAAAUUAAAAAAUAUUAACGCUUGGACAGCGUUUCCAGAAGAGAA